AUGCCAGACCUUUCAAUCCUCAAAACUCCCGCUCCAUACCAUAUCAUAACCUAUGGAACUCUCCUCGGCACCCAAUUUUUCCAAUCCUUCGUCAACGGCAUCGUAGCCUUCAGAUCACUCCCUCGACCCCAAUUUUCCGUCCUCCAACAAAACAUCUUCCCAAUCUACUUUGGUAUCCAAACUGCUCUCCCAGCCGUCCUAGCUAUCACUUAUCCGGGCUCGCGCACACAUCUUGGGACUGUUUCCGGGAUUUCCGGAACGCUUGCCGAGGUCAAUAGAUGGAGCGUGUUGGUACCAUUGGCUACGAUGUUUAUGACAGGAUUGGCUAAUAUGGUGGUCAUUGGGCCUGCUACCACGAGGCUUAUGAAGGAGAGGAAGCAUCAGGAAACAAAAGAUGGAAAGAAAUCUUAUGAUGCAGCACCACAUUCAAAAGAGAUGCAAAGGUUAAACAAGGCAUUUGGGAAAAUGCAUGGGGUUUCCUCGUUGGUGAACUUGGUAUCUUUCCUUGCUACAAUGUGGUAUGGUGUUUCACUUGCAGAGAGAUUGCAAUAG